AUGAACUUUGACACUCAGCGCGGGCUUACAGCGCCGCUAAGUCAAAUCGUCUUCGACCAAUACUCCAGCGAUGGUCGAAUGUCUUUCGAGCAGUUCAAGCGCAUGUGCAGCGACAAGGAGUUUUGCGAAGACAUUGACGAAGACGAGAUGGCGACAGCUUUUGUCCGCAUGUCUGGAGAGUCCAGUGGCAUUGAAUACUCAGAGUUCCUGGCAUGGUGGAAGCUGCAAGACGAGCGCCAGAAGGGACUGAAGUUCAAGUCGACGGAGGAGAAAGAGUUCGUCCAACGAGUGAAGAAGUCGUUCUUCCAGGGCACAGGCGGCUGUGCCAGGAUGGACAUCCUCGACUUCCAGCAGAAGUGCUACGUGAAUGGCUACUGCCUGAGCGAGGAAGAGCUAGAUGAGGCCUUCGCUGAGUUGGACAAGGAUGGCUCCGGAUAUAUCGACUUUCCUGAGUAUCUGCGCUGGCGGCAGGAGGAUGACCGGUUUUCGCAUUUACUGCAUGAUGCCAGCGACCAACACUCGCAGUAUAUCCACCAGGUCGGCGAGUUUUUCCGCGCGUAUGACGAGGAGUUAACCGGACAGCUCUCAAUUGAGCAGUUCCGACCUCUCUACGACAGCCUCGUCGAACAAGGGGAGGUUACUGAAGACUUCGACAAAGUCAUCCUGGAGGUCGACUCGAACUCGGAUGGCUGUGUUUCCUUGAACGAGUUCAUCAAGUGGUACGCCACAACUUGGGAAGACCCUGCAGAAAGCGACGAAGAGGACCCCUGCAGCGCAGUGCGUGGCAAGUCAAUCGUCCUUGAAGAGGAGGUGACUUUCGCGGGUCCUGGGCUGAGCAGCUUCAUCGAAAGCCAGCGGGAGGCGCUCUCUCGGCAGCGCCAGCUGCAGGCACCGGAGCGUGAAGCAGUGCCGAGCAAGGCCUAUGUGGAGAAGGACUCCGCCGUCAGCAACGGACUUCACCCAAAGCCGAGCAUGCCCGCGAGUGCUGCAGGGUCGCCAGAGCUGUGGCAUGCAGUCCACAUUGGCAAUGAGGCUUUGGUGAGUCGUCUCAUUCAACAAGGCCAGUGUAAUGGAAGGCAGAAGGAUGCCUCGGGACACUCCGUCCUCUGGCAUGCGAUCGCCUUUGGUCACAUAGGGAUCGCUCUUCUGAUGUUGGAUUCUUGUCCCGCUGGUGAGCCGGUGAAUCCUGGCACGCUUGUCCAGUGA